GUGUGUGUGUGUGUGUGUGUGACAAAACACAGAUUCCCAAUGAGUCUUACUUUCAUGGGAUUACACACUGAUAAAAAAUACCAAGAGUAUUGCAUUACAUUAAUAUUUUGUCUGUUAUGCCACCAAAUGAUACACACUGCACCUUUCAAAAUAAACUCAUUCAUUUUCAUCCCACACUUUUUUAGCAAAUGUCUACAGAUAUAUUGCAUGCGUCGGAAAAACUAAAAGCUAUAGGCUGUAGUUAUCAACUCUUCCACAAACGUUAGUAUUUAAAAUGUAUGUCAUGUAGACUUUCUUUCUUUUUUACGCAAGUUUUAGUUUCUUAUAAUCUUUCUGACUUAUCUCUACCACUUCCUACCUUCAUCCACAUAUUCCUCCUCACCCCUUGUUUCUGCAAAGAUUAUUUUCUGUGGUAUUUCCUAACAAUGAUAGGCAUGCAUUGUGCCAGUCUGGAGGACCCCAAGGCUCUGAUGAGGAUGGGCCUGAGCGUGAUUCUGAUCGGCCACGUCAACUUCCUGUUGGGAGCACUGGUGCAUGGCGCGGUGCUCCGCCACAUCAACCUCCACAAGCAGGCCCGCGCCAUGGAGUACUCCAUCUCCAACGUCAUGGCCCUGAGUGCCGGGCUUGUGGCCAUCAUCGUUGGAAUUCUAGCGAUCAUUCUGUCGAAGAACAAGAGCGACAGGAAACUGACAUGGGUGCUGUUCGCCCUCAGCCUCUUGGCGUCUCUGAUGGGGGCGGCGGCGGCCGUGGGCCUGCUGCUCUCCGUGGUGAGAGCCAUUGUCCAUGGUGGGCGGAGCCUGCUGACCCACUGCCGCUUCCCCGACGCUAUUGGCUACUCCAGCAUCACCAACGAGUGCCCCUUUGACCCCACACGCAUCUACAGCACCACUCUCAUCCUUUGGGCGCCCCUCAUCGUCACGUGCCUGGUCCAGCUGGUGUUCUGCUCCAAGUGCUUCGCCGCCUGCAUCUCCUUCCUGGGCCUGACCUGCUGCCCCGGACCCCCAGCAGACCACCACCGGGUGAUCGAUGCGGUACGAACUGAGGAGCUGCCCGCCGCCGCCGCCGCCGCCGCCGCCGCCGCCGCCGCGCCGCCCCGCUACACCCCGCCCCCACGCUACGCCCCGCCUCCGAGGCGACCACAACAACAACAACAACCAACAAUACAACAGCAUCGGCCGCAGAAUUAUAUGGCGCCGCAGUUUCGCAGCCUUCCUCCGACAGAGAGGCAGCGCGGGCCCCCCCGCAGAGCGAGGCCGGAGGAGCGGGGGGUGGGGGGGGGCCCGCGGGGCCCCGAGCAGCACCGGCUCCUGGACAGGGCCACCCUGGACCGAUCCAGCUUCUGGGUCUAGCUUCUUUUUCUUUUAGAGGCCAGUUUGGGAGCACUCCAACAGCUGUCAAAAUGGCCCAUAGGUGCAAGUGCAGUGGAAAGGAGGUGCAGAGGGUGGACCUGAACCCCACCCUGAGAUUGAGUCGUGGUCCGUAGCGACGGGACGGCCGACCUGGAGCCCUUCCAAUGUAUCUUGUUGACUGUCGCAGUAUGUCGGUCUUCAAAAUGUGCGAACUCUGACCUUUAGACAGUUGGCACGUCAACCUGUUUACUUUAUAGUUCAACGUGUGUGUGUGUGUGUGUGUGUGUGUGUGUGUGUGUGUGUGUGUGUGUGUGUGUGUGUGUGUGUGUGUGUGUGUGUGUGUGUGUGUGUGUGUGUGUGUGUGUGUGUGUGUGUGUGUGUGUGUGUGUGUGUGUGUUUUUUAAACUUAAAAGCUGUUUUUUAAAUUUUCCUUGGUAAUCAUGAGGACAAUUUUAUGGACUAAGGACUGCUCAGUUAGAAACUGCUUUUUUUUUUCAUCCGUACAGUAUUAUUGUGAGGUCUUUGUUCAUAUUUAUUACCGAAUAAACAUACAUGAUCGCCUA